CUAAAUCCUUAAAGGAAUAUCUAUAUGAAAUAAGGAAUUCCAAGAAUUAUCGUUAAAUGUUUUCCACAAAAUCGUUUGGAUUUACUGUCCUCACGGAUACGUCAUUCCCAUAUCAAAACAAAACGAAUGUGUUCCUGUGCAUUCGAGAGAAAUCAUGAGAUCCGAGUUCGAGAUCGCGAUCGAGAUUGACAAUCUCGAUCUGAUACAUUUCAAAUGAAAAUAUAUGCAUCGUUGGGCAAAUAUCAUUUUUGUGUUUGCAACUGAGAGGAAUAAAUUUUUGAGGAUUCUUCACGGUAGAUAACGAUUAUUGUAAAAUAAGAAUAAAAUGAAAAUAAUUAAACUUGAUUAUGGAGACGUGGAAAUUGGUAAAACGGCAAUAAAGACGAUAGAGAUAUGGAAUGAAUCUUACGUAAGUAUGUUUGGUAUCUAAUUAUUAAGCAGACUUUUAGGCAAUUAUGUGAAAUUUGAAGCUGCAUAAAUGCACAGAAUACGUUUAGUAUGCAAAAAUAUGUAAAGUAUUCAAAGUAAAAUACCUGUUAUAAUAUUUAAUAAAUAAAACAUCCUUACUUUUAUUCCAUUUUUUUAGUUUAUAAAAUAAUGAAUAAAAUAAAAAUUUGAAUUUGCAUAAAUAUUUGUAGUUUAAUAAUUAAUAGACUGCGAAUUUUCAUACAUGUAUGCGAAAUUUAAAGUUGCAUAAAUGCACAAAAUACAUUUAAUGUGCAAAAAAUGUAUAAAAUAUUCAAAGUUAUAGUUAGUGUUGUUAUUAUAGUGUUAUAGUUAUUAUAAUCUGUGAUAAUACUAUAAUCUGUAAUUAUAAAUGAUAAUUAUAAGGUAGUCUAUCUAUCUCUUAUAAAUUUCGAUGAUCUUUGGAUGGCUUGUCAAGAAGGAACAAGUAUAUCAAGUCCAAAGAGAUCCGAUUACGAAUCCUUUAGAUCAUGUAUUUCAUUUACGUUCUUAUACUUGGACUCUAGCCUCCGAUGAAAAAUAUAUAUGCGAGAUACGUUAUCAGCCACUUGUUGCAUUUUCUAAAAAUGUUGAUUAUUUCGUAAUUAUAGAUACUAGUAUGGAAUGUACGAAAAUUAUUACUUAUGGAUGUAGUAUCGGCCCUGAAGUAACUUGUUCAACAACGAAGAUCUUUAUGAAUUGCACAAUACAGAAACCAGAAGUUAAAAGGCGAAUUAGAUUAACAAAUAAUUCUAAAGUUGCUGCGACCUUUAUGUUCAAUAUAGAUGAAAAAUGUAAGCCUUUCCAGAUAGACGCAAAAUACGGCAUUAUUAAUCCUUGUUCUCGUAAAUAUAUUACAAUUACGUUUACAUCGACAAGGGAGGGAAGAUACACUUAUUACUUGGUUGCUCUAAUUUUAUAUCAAGAACCAAUUAUUAUAGAAUUAUAUGGCUCGUGUAGUGCAUUAUCUUUUAAGACAUAUUCUGAUGCUAUUACCUAUCCUUUGAAAAGUAAAGGUGGUUUCAAGGGAUAUAUGAGAGAUGGUACUGAUACAUUAGGAGAUAUUCCUCCAAUAUCUUUAUCAAAGCAUUAUUUCAAUCUUGGACAAACUGAUGUGGAUGUAGAAAAUCUUAUUCAGACAAUACCUCAUUCAAUAUGUCUCACAAAUCAUAAUCAUUCCAAUUUAUUAAUUACCUGGGAGAAAGAUACAGAUGAAAUUUUUAAUAUAACACCUUCUGAGAUGUUAGUUUGUGCACAUCAGUCUGCUUUAUUUGAACUUACAUUUAAUCCUAAUACAAAAAGUAAUCUUUAUGGAAGAAAGAUCAUUUGUUCUGUUCUUUUGGAACAUAAAAAGCACUCUACUUUCCCAUUUGUUACAUCUGUGACAGUGAUAGGUCACUCCUUUCCUGUCAUAUCGAAUGGAUGGAUUCCACAGUAUGAAAUACCUCAAACUGUAAUAAUGCCACCAUGUAUGCCAUCAUAUCCAGUUUAUACCACUUUCCUGAUUAAAAGAUUUGGACAUUUACCUCUCAUGUUUCAAUUUGUUUCACCAUCAGCAAGUCAUUUUCUUGUAAAACCAAUGCUUGGUGUAAUUUAUCAGGAUUAUGAAAUAAUUGUAGUUGAAAUGACACCUAAACCCCAAGAUGAACAGAUUUAUAUAGAAAGAUGGACAGUAUACUUUAAUGGGAAUAUGAAAAAUGAAUAUUACAUAGAUUUUAAAGGAUAUGCAGAGAAUGCAAAUGUUGUUUUUGACAAUAAUAAUGUUUUAAGUUUUCCACCAGUUAUGCUAGGUUGUCAACAGUUUCUACAACUUGCAAUGCGAAAUGUAACGCGUCAUACAAUAAAGUAUCAAUUUUACCAGUUGCCACCUGAACUUAAUAUACAGUACAUAAGCGGAGAAAUCGAUGCAAAUGAUACUUUAUAUCAAGAAUGUUCCUUUUCUCCAGAUGAACCAAAUAUAGACUAUGAUUUUGAGGUACAAUGUAUUUUAAAUAUUGUAAAAAAGGGAGUACCUAUUGGGUCAAAAUAUAGUGUAAUUCUAUGUGUUCGUGGAAGUAGCAAAAUUGGGUCAUUAAAGGCAACUCCGAACGAAUUAUAUUUCAAAGAAUUAGAAUAUAACAAUACCAAGACAUUACAUUUUGAUCUUAUUAAUUCUAGUUUAGUAGAUAUUUAUUAUAAAUUAAUUUGUACACAUCGUAAUUGGCCACUUGGAAAUAUUGAGGAAGAUGUUAAAUUACAUCCAGCAUCAGAAACGAUUUUCUCAGGAUCACAUAAAAGGAUUACAGUUUCUAUCACUCCACAUACAGCAGUAUAUUAUGAAUUUGCAAUUCGAUAUUUGAUAAGAGUUAAUUUUCGAUCAGAUGCAUUAAUAGCUAGACAAAAACCAGUGUGGAUUUGCAAUGUAUACUGCAUGUGUAUUUUGCCUACGUUAAAAGUGCAGAAUAUAUGCGCUUUUGGAUAUAAUCAGCAUUGUACAAUUCAUAUAAGCAAACAAUUUUUAUGGAAGAGACUGCAUGUAAAUAGAUUAAACAAAAUCUUGGAAAACAUAUUACCAAAAGAAAGAAAAUCCAUAAAUAUUGAUCUUUUUCCAAUGUUCCAAUGCAAUAAAGGAGUAAUAUUGAUAGAAUGGAUUAUGAUAAAUCCUUCAUCAUUUCCUAUUACACUGGCUUUAAAAAGAAUCAAAAACUGUUCUUGUAAACCUGUUAUAAAGACAUUUGGUUAUUUGCUUCAGCAUACGGAAACUGACUGUAUACAUACAAAUCUCUGUACAGUAAACAUGAGAUCUAAAACACUACGUGUACGACUUUUUUUAUGUCAACUAGCUAUUUAUACAAGGUGCAUUACUAAAUUGAAUGUAUAUAAAAGAGUAAUAUUAAUUGAUAUUUUACAGCCAAAAGAAGAAACUGUGAUUGGUAUGAAGAUACAUUAUACGUUAAUCGGGAAAACGGCAAUAUGUUGGGAAUUAGAUAUUGGACAUGAUCGUUAUGUUAUGUUAAACGUAGUCAUUAAUUGUUUAGCCGAGUCUCAGUCACAAGAUAAUUUCUUAAGCACUGCAUCCGUAAAUUUCGGACGAACUUAUUUUGGAAACAAAGGGAUAAUGUAUAGGGUAAAUUGGAUAUACAAUAUUACAAAUAAUGAUUUACCGUAUUCGAUAGAUAUUAAUAACAUCUGCAAAGUGAAUAAAGAUUAUCAUUAUGAAGUAUUUUCAUGUUUAACACAAUGUGGUGUUAUAAAGACUGGAACAGCUAUACCUCUUCUUUUGAAGUUCCAACCAAGAAUGUUUGGUAGAUAUAAGGUAAUAGUUCCAAUAACUAUGGGUGAUAAAACAGAAGAAUUGACAAUGGAAGGAGAGUCAACUUUUGAUUUUAGAUUAGCCAGUUAUGCGAGAACUAUACCAUCUUAUUGUGCUUGUAAAACUUCACUAUUUCCUGCAUAUUUCAGUAUUGACUGCAUCGAUGUGUGGUUUCUACCUAUGCAUAAUGUUAUUGUCAGAAUGCUUUUAGUUUAUAACAAUUUAGAUUUCGAUGCACUCGCUUACGAGUGGAUAUGUCAAGACAUACCAGAGAUACUGUACAUCGACAUAUUUCCUCGGAAGGGUAUACUGCAUCCAAAGGCAGUGCAGAGUUUUAGAAUAAAAAUCUACACUAAAGGAUAUCCUUGUCGAAUCGAUGUUCAUAUACCUUGUAUAUUUUUUAACGCUAGUAAAAGGCGAAUAUAUCAAAGAAGCAUUAUCAAACAUGCUAUUCUAAGUCAAGAAUUAGCAGGACAAUUUACCAUUACAGAAAAAGGCACUUAUGUCCCAAAACCGUGGAUAAAAAUACUCAAUAAACCUGAUGUAUACUACAAAACAUUGAGUUUACGUUGUAGUGUAUGUACUGUAGAAGAUGAAUCUACAAAAGUCAGUUUAUUAAACGAAUUAAAAGCUUCUCCAGCAAAUGUAAUUUAUUUUGAUGAUAGUAAAAAAUGCAAUGUUAUAGACGAGAAAGAGCUUUGUAUAGUGAAAUUUAUUUUAGAAGGCUUACUAUGGGAUAUUGUCAAUAGUAAAAGAUUUAAAAAAACAGUUGACAGUCUAAUUCCUAACAGAAAUUUGUAUUAUACCCAAUUUAUGAUGGAUAUUUCGGAGCGAAAGAGAUUAAUACGGAGGUCAUAUAUAUCACCGCCAUUAACGUUUAUUGAUUCAUUACUAGAGCAAAUGUUAUUUUCUAUAAUACACGAUGAAUUUUCCUUGAAAACUACGCAUUUGAUUCCCAAUGAAGAUAUACGGCAUCGUAACUAUCUUAAAAUGUUACCCAAACAAAAAAGAACUGAUUUGGAAAAUGAGUUAGAAGAAGAUAGACAUGAUGAAUCUAAUGAUGAAGAUAAUAACGAUGUGGAUUACCAAUAUUUGAGGACUGGAUUUAGGGUAUCUUUUGUAUAAUGAUUACAAAAAAAAUAUCUCCAUUUAUAUACAAGUACAUAAAGUAUUUGGCAUCAACUAAUUUUGUUCUCAAAUGGAUCUGGAAUGCGUUUAAAUACAGCCAAAAAUUUAUCUCCUUUA